AUGUCUAAAGGAUUAGUGGACAGUAGCUGGUCAAUUGAGAAUUUUCAGGUCACCGAUGAGAUCAUUAACUCGUUAGGAAAGAUCUUACAGGUAUAUUCUGACUAUUUAUCUAGUCAUAUCCAUAUUUUAAAUAAAUUCAUUAGCCAUAUGCGUAGAGUUUCGACUUUAAGAUUCGAACGUACUACAUUGAUCAAAUACGUCAAGAAAUUAAGAUUUUUCAACGACGUGCUUAUUGAAUAUGAUUUAUCUCAAUUACCUAAAUAUAACGACAACAUAGGCGGACUACGAGAGGGAAUUAAACCAAUUGGAAUGUAUUUAGAAAAGAUCUUGGAAACAUUAGACCUAAUGAAUUUUUAUUUGACUCAAUCAUUACAAAAAGAAAUCAUCUCCAAAACUUUAAAUGAGGACUUAACAUUGACUGAAUCAAGUAUCAUAGCGAUUGAUGACACUUACAAUCAUUUUGUAAAAUAUACACAAUGGAUGAUAGAGUCAUUAGGAAUUAAAAAUGAAUUAUUACAAUUGGAAGUUAUCAAGUUUGCAUUGAAAUGUGCCGAGGAAGAUGGUACAGACAUGGAAGAAACUGAAAAUAUUUUCUUACAUCAAGUUAUGCCUGUCAAUGACGAAUAUGAAUACGCAUCUAUUACUGAUCAAUGGGCAUCCGUCUUGGAAGGGAAAUUAGAUGUGCUGAAGAAAGAGUAUAGCAUGUUGGCUGAGAAAUGGCAUGAAAAAUUUGGCAAAACCAAGAAUUAA